UUACUGAACUGGAGUGGAAUUCCCUCAUACAUCCCGUUUUAGUGACAGUAAACAAAUAUAUUGUGUUUAAUAUGGCUUGCAAAGGCUCCCGAGAAGAACUGAUUGGAGAAAAACUCUUAAUCGACAUGGUAACAGGUAAGGUGAAAAAUGUGACAUUCAAAGUAAGGACAGCCUUUCAAGCCCUUCCAGCCCUUCCUGAAUCUCCGCUAAUAAGCAACAGUCAGGACCAGAUGCUUGUUCAGCAGUUGACGGAGAUCAUCAAAGUGUAUGGUGACAACAUUGAUCAGGAUGAAGCAUUUAAUGACAUGAUUGAUGACUUAGCAAAGGUGGCUGACAUGAGCAGUUUUUUGAAACUUGUGGAAAAGGUUUUCACAAACGGACAGAUCACCUGGGGGAGAAUUAUAGUGCUGUUCUAUUUGGUUGGAAAACUGUCUGCAAAGAUGGUUCUAGUACACACACACUCAGCUAUUGUUUCAGCUAUUCUGAACACAAGUCUGGAUUACUUUAGGAAACAUCUGUUACAAUGGAUUUGCAAAAUGGGAGGAUGGAAUGGCAGUAUCCCUGCACUGGCCUGUUUCUCCAUAGGGAUGUAUCCUGGUUUUUUAAAACCUAUAGUCUACUAA